ACCUUCCGGUGGCGGCAAAUUGUGAGGAGCCGCUGCCACUUUCAUGCUACCUGCCGGCUGCUCGCGCCGGCUGUUGGCCGAACUGCGUGACGCCCUGGACGCCUGCGCCGAGCGACAGCGGCAGCUGGAGCGGAGCCUGCGCGUCUCCCGGCGGCUGCUGCGGGUCUGGGAACCAGCCGAGCCUCCGGCUCCCGAGCCAACCCCAGGACCGAAAACUAAUGAAGAGGCGGGGUCUCCAGCAGGCACACCCAGCCCCCAAGACCUCAAAGAGCUGGAGCUUCUGACCCAGGCACUGGAGAAGGCUGUACAAGUGCGAAAAGGCCUCUCUAAGACUGGAGAAAGAGACAGGGCCCCCAGCCUGAAGUCUGGGUCCGUUGCCUCUCCUGCCACCACAGCCUCUGCCCCACUCCACACCUCAGGCCGGGGUGGCAGCCAAGCAUCAGAGACAAAACCCCCCAGGGGCAUUCGCCGGACCACCGUGCCUGCCAAGGGCUUCCCUGAGCACAGGCUUCUGUCAGUGGGGGAUCGGACCUGUAUGGGGAGAGGGGCCCGAGCUGCCAAGCCUGGACCAGGCCUCAGGGACCAACAAAUAGCCCCAUCAGCUGCUUCUCAGUCCCCAGAAGCUUUCACACUCAAGGAGAAGGGGAUUCUGCUGCAGCUGCCCAUGGCCUUCAGGAAGGCGGCUUCCCAGAACUCCCGCCUGUGGGCCCAGCUCAGCUCUACAGAGACCAGUGACUCCAUGGAUGCCACUAUCACCGCCAAAACCCAGUUCCUCCAGAAAAUGCAGACAACCGAAUCCUUGCUGGGCGUGUGGGAGCCUGGGGGAGGGAAGUCAGGCUGGCCCGGCUCCGGGCUCAGUGCUGCAGAGGUGGAGAGAGAGGUGGGGCGCCUGCGGAAGGCCUGCUCACUGCUGAGACUGCGCAUGGGGGAAGAGCUCACAGCAGACCCCAAGGACUGGAUGCAGGAGUACCACUGCCUGCUUACCCUGGAGGGGCUGCAGGCCAUUGCAGGACAGUGUCUCCACAGGCUGCAGGAGCUGCGUGCAGCGGUGAUGGGACAGCAGCUGGUGCCAUGGCCUGAGGGGAGACUCCCCAGUGCCCCAUCGUUCUGUGGAGGAGGAACAGACACCAUCUGGAGCCCCCAGUUGCUUCUCUAUUCCAGCACCCAGGAGCUGCAGACCCUGGCGUCCCUCAGGCUGUGGGUAGCCAUGCUGGACCAGCAGAUCCACCUGGAAAAGGUCCUGAUGGCUGAACUCCUCCCCCUGGUGAGCACACAGAAGCCUCGGGGGCCACGCUGGCUGGCACUGUGCCGUGCUGUGCACAGCCUGCUCUGUGAAGGAGGUGAACGCUUCCUCACCGUCCUGCGAGACACACCUGCUAACUGAGCCCUUCGCAUGGCCAGCCCCCCCAGCCCCACUCCUAGGGCUCAGGACCCUGGGGCGAGGGUGAGCUGGUCCUGACCCUGAGCCUGUCGGGAGAGCUCCACUCUCCCUGGUCAGGGUUAAGUAAAUGCGUAUAGAGGAGAUUUUCACUUCUGCAGUGGGCCUGGGGACCCAGAGAUGCCUGUACCCCUCUGGGAAAGCAGGUUUCUGAGGUGGGAUGGGGAUGGCCCCCUGGCUCUUCCUGAGGAACCUAGGGCCCUUCUCAUAGCUGCUAAACCUGCUGGUCAAAGGCUUGGCUCAGCCUGGCUUUCCACAGGCUCAGGAAGAUCAGAGGCCUAUGGGGGGCUUUUCUUAGCUACCUCUGUUUUCUCUCGCUUUAGACUUAAAAGCCACUGUGUGACAUUAAAACUACUUUAGAAAGUAUA